AACAAGCUGUGGCUCGUCUUCCUCGAGAACGAGAGGAAGCAGAACUACACUACACGCAUGAUGCCCUGGGACAUGCCCACGCACUUCCACACUGUCACCAACGUCAGCAAGAAGCUGCAGAAGGUGACGGGGGGCCUGAGUCGUCUGGCGUCGCGCACCAAAAGUCGUCGUGACGACAGCGUCGUCGCCCGCAAGCCCCUUGUCAACCUCAGCCCCGUCGAGGUCCUUCGUCAGACGAGCGUGCACGUCGCCCUCGUCAGGGAGCUCGUCGCCCUGCAGCACUCGCAGCAGAUCCAGAAACAAGAGGACUUAUCAAGAUACUGGUGGGGCGUGUGGGAGAAGGAGGAGCGUGAGCUGACCCGAGAGCGGGGGUUGUGGGGGCCACUAUCCCCCAGCCACCUGGACAAGUGGAUGUUGGAUGCCACCGAAGGUCCCUGUAGGAUGAGGAAGAAGAUGGUCGCUAACCCGCUCUUCUACCUCCACUACCCGCCCUACAAAGCCAUCAGCGAGCUCGAACAAGGAAGGCUGAGCAAGUACAAGAUGGCGAGCAGCUUCCACAGUGAGGAAUACAUGAGGAAGCGCCGCCCCUUAGGGCUGGCCUGCAGGGACCAGGAGACCGGCCCCCAGUCCCCCAUGUCAGCCCCCAAGCCCGUCACCCUCGUCGAGUCAUACGUCGGCAAGGACGUCACAGAGAUGGACGUGUCGGGGCUGAAGGGCCGUAGGCCCCCCGUGUCGGGCGACUCUGGGGACGCGUCCAUCCCCAACGAGGACGAUGGCGACCCCAGCGAGCUGCUCGACUCGGGGAUUGGUUUGUCCGAGCACACGUCAUCCCAGCAGCCCGAUGAUGUCUACACGCCUGAUAACCAGUCCCUUAUCAGGCUCCUCGAGCACGAUGAUAAGGUGAGCCACAUGUUCCGCUGUGCGCGCAUCCAGGGGCUGGACACGACGGAGGCGCUGCUGCUGUUCGGGCGGGAGCACUUCUACAUCGUGGACGGCUUCACGCUCCUCAAGUCUCGGGAGAUCCGAGACAUAGAGUCUCUGCCCCCUGGGAGCCACGAGCCCGUGAUCCCCUCUGCAACAAGCGGGGGUUGGACCCCAGCAGGAGGGGCGCAAGACCCCCACGCCUGCUACAAGCUCCACUACGACGACAUCAGGGAGGCCCUCCAGCGCAGGUACCUGCUACAGCCCAUCGCCAUCGAGAUCUUCUCGUCGGACGGCCGCAACUUCCUGCUCGCCUUCCCCAAGGCCAAGGAGCGCAACAAGGUCUAUCAGAGGCUGCUGGUGGUGUGCACGGGUCUCGCUGACUCAGCUCACCAGUCAGUGGAGGGGCAGCGGCGCUCAGCGAGCGUCGAGCAGACGGGCGGCCUCUUCAGCUCACUCAUAGGCGAGACGUCCGUCACGCACAGAUGGGUGCGCGGGGAGAUCAGCAACUUCCAGUACCUGAUGCACCUGAACACGCUCGCGGGGCGCUCCUACAACGACCUCAUGCAGUACCCCAUCUUCCCCUGGGUCCUGGCUGACUACGAGUCCUCCUCCCUCGACUUCAGCAACCCCGCCACCUUCAGGGACCUCACCAAGCCCAUGGGCGCCCAGACCCCCGACCGUCUGGAGCAGUUCCGUAAGCGGUACCGGGAGUGGGACGAUCCCUCGGGGGAGACACCCCCUUACCACUACGGCACCCACUACUCCUCCGCCAUGAUCGUGUCGUCCUACCUCGUCAGGAUGGAGCCAUUCACCCAGCACUUCCUCAGACUACAGGGUGGUCACUUCGACCUGGCGGACCGCAUGUUCCACAGCCUGAAGGAGGCGUGGCUGUCGGCCUCCCGCAACAACAUGGCCGACAUCAAGGAACUUAUUCCUGAGUUCUUCUACUUGCCGGAGUUCUUGGAGAACUCCAAUCAGUUUGAUCUCGGCAUCAAGCAGAGCGGGGUGCAGCUGGACGACGUGAUCCUGCCGCCGUGGGCUAAGGGCGACGCGCGGGAGUUCAUCCGGCAGCACCGCGCGGCGCUGGAGAGCGACCACGUGUCCCAGCGCCUGCACCACUGGAUCGACCUCAUCUUCGGCUUCAAGCAGCAGGGCCAGCAGGCCGUUGAGGCCGUCAAUGUCUUCCAUCACCUCUUCUACGAGGGCAACGUCGACAUAUAUAGUAUUGACGACCCGCUGAAGCAGAAGGCCACCAUCGGCUUCAUCAACAACUUUGGCCAGAUCCCGAAGCAGCUCUUCAGGCGCCCCCACCCCUGCAAGAAGCUCGGGGGCCAGCGUUCCUCCAUCAUGGACGCCUCCCCCCUCGUGCAGGCCCCCGCCGUCACCCCCAGGGACAAGGUAUUCUACAAGAACCUGGAGCUGCUGCGGCCGGCGCUGGCGCCCCUGAAGGAGGUUAAGGGCGUCGUGGGGCAGAUCAUGAGCGUGGACAAGGGCGUGCUCGCCGUAGAGCAGAACAAGGUCCUCAUACCGCCCUCCUACCAGCGGUACCUGGCAUGGGGCUUCGCUGACUACAGCCUGCGCGUGGGGCCGUACGAGUCGGAGAAGGCCCUCCUGGUGUGGGAGGGAGACAGCGGCCACACGGGCGAGGUCCUGGCAGCCGUCUGCCCCAAUGCCCGCACCAUCAUCACUGCCUCUACUGACACUGUGGUGCGCGUGUACGACAUGUACAGGCGCCAGGUGGUGCACAAGUGCAGCCUGUACGGCCACAGCGAUGCCGUGACGUGCGUCGCCGCCAGCACCGCCUUCGGGCUGCUCGUGUCGGGGUCUCGGGACAAGACCGCCAUCAUCUGGGACCUGGCCCGCCUCACCUUCGUCAGGCAACUCACAGGGCAUCAUGCCCCCCUCGCCGCCGUCGCCAUCAGCGACAGCACCGGCGACAUAGGCACGUGUGGAGGCACGUGGCUGCACGUGUGGAGCAUCAACGGCGUGGCCAUAGCGAGCGUGAACACGGCGCUGGGGGCUCGCUCAGCCCUGCAGCAGGUGCUGUGCCUCGCCUUCACCACCGCCUACGAGUGGGACCAGGACAACCUCAUCCUUACAGGCUCCUCUGACGGCGUCGUCAGGAUGUGGGGCGUGGAGUACGUACAGACGCCCAUCGAGGACGACAGCGACAACAGCUCCUCUGACCCCCUCAGCAACAACACCAGCGUCAGCAGCAACAACAGCAGCAGCAAAGCCAACAAGAGAACACACGCCCCUGAAGAACUUACGGUGCCGGAGGGAUCGCCUGACUUCAGUCAUCCGCUUGACAGCCGUCGUGACAGUUGCCGUGACAAUCGCCGUGACAGCCGCCGUGACAGCUGCCGUGACAGCCGUCGUGACAGCUGCCGAGCUGACCAACAGCAGCGAAGGCCGUCCUCUCAGCCCCACAGAGACGAUGGACAGUUCUCUGGCGGAAGCUUCUUCCACAAAAGCGUGAGCGUUAGCAGCUUAUCCGACGAGGACGACAGCCUCGUGGAGGACGCGCGUCAGGGACCUAAGUCUGCUGACGCCAGCCCGACAUCAGGCACCCAAGAAACUGACCUCAAGUUAGCAGGUCUCAGCGAGGAAGCCGUUGAGCCAGCAAAAACUGACGCGGGAGCCUCCCUGAGCCUGACGUCAGGCGGGCCUAACGAGCCGCACCACCAGCAGGAGGCUCUCGAUGUGGCCACCACAACUGACGGAGUCUCGUCCGAGGGAAGACAGUUGUCUCCUUCUAGGGACGCCCGUGUCACCACGUUACACAGACAAGAAGCCCUGGCGUCCUCAAGCAGCCAGCCAAGCUUCGACACGACGGGGGGCAGCGUGGACACCCCCUCCUCCUCCCCCAGGCUGCAGCCCCCCCUCGCUGUGUGCCGCGCGGUGAGCGUCGUGGAGCAGCAGCAGCAGCAGCAGCACGCCGGCAGCGCAGGGGCGCCGCCCAAGCGCCUGCAGGGCAGCAAGAGCGAGACCAGCCUGGCAGACACGGCAGCUGGUUUGGGUCAAAGCUGCGCCCCCAGCGACGCGUUCGAGGUGAUCACCGAGGCGGAGGUGCGGGAGGCCCAAAGUCAGGAAGCCCUGCUCUCCCCCCCUGGCAGGAGUGAGGUCCUCAUGCCGGGCAUGCGGUGGACGUGCCAGCUCGUGUUCCGGCGGCAGCUGACGGCGCACACGGCCUACGACCGCAGCGACAACGCUGAGCCUGCCUCCGUCACCGCCAUCACCGUCGCCAGAGACCACCGCAGCGUGCUUGUAGGGGACGCCCGUGGCAGGGUCUUCUCGUGGGGCGUGGUCGAGGCCCGGGGGGCGGGGGCGGCGACCCGCGCUGCUCCAGGUCGCGGGCUGGGUGGCAGCAGCGUGAACCUGUCGUCGUCCACCGACCAUUGGGUUAGUGAUGCUCAGUGCCCCUCCUGUAGCGCAUGCCAUCUCACCUUCACACUUUACGAACGCAAGCACCAUUGCCGCAAUUGUGGCCGCAUUUUCUGUGCAAAGUGCAGUCGCUUCGAGUCCGAAAUACCUCGGCUAAAGAUGAACAAACCCGUGCGAGUGUGUCGCAACUGCCACCUCUUGCUUAAGGGGUCCUCUUAGUGGCAGCCAGUAAUGGCUCCUCUUAGUGGCAGCCAGUAAUGGCUCCUCUUAUCAGCUCCUCAUAACGGCCCUCUUCAGUAUCUCCUCUCAAGAGCUAAUAUAAGAGCCCGCGGUGUCAGCCCUACAGAUUCUCACCGCUGACGUCACGUCUCCCACGCAUGACGUUUAUACUUCUUCCUCCUCACUAUCCUGCAUAAAGAUGAUCUGGUCCGCCUUGUCGUCCUCGUAAUUCAUUGUUCAGUGGAUAGUGAUCCUCAACAUAUAACAUUAUUUCGUAAUGGAAUCUGAUGCUGCUCUGUAUUGAACAUUCCACUUACCUCCUCUGUACUCGGCGAGCUUCACCCGAGCGUCAUAGCCGUCGAUAUGUCGAGCUUUAGGAUAGGCAGGCCCUUGACGAUAAUGUACAAUAAGUAGUGUAAUAGAUAAGU